GCCACUCACCACCAUCAUUGCACAUUGCCAAGCUCUACCACCCUGACAUCCUCCCUCUCUCUGUUUACAUCAGUGACCCUGGGAGGUCAAUGGUAAAUGUUCUCACUGUGGACAAUGUCACUGAGUUCGCUCAAAAUGUGUUGUCACAAAUCCCACUGCCAUGCGAAUGGAGUGGUAUAUGUGAAGCAGAGCUUAACAGCUGGACUGCAUUGAGAGAGCACAUACAGCUUCAUCUGAGGCAUUUGAAAGAAGAGGCUGACGGUGGCUAUCGUUGUCGCCUUCCACGUUGUUCAUGCUUCUAUCAUGCAACCCUGUAUGAUUUGAAGCAGCACAUUGAGUCUGGGCAUCUGGCUAGACUUCCAAUUUCAUGUCCUGCAGCAGGCUGUCUGAUGUCAUUUGUACAUCAUGCCCUCCUUCCCCACUUCUCUGCAGCCCAUGGUGAUUUACUCAACAUACCUACCAGUAUCCUGCAAAAGUCGGGGAAACUGAAGAGAAUGUGGACAUCAACACACCUCCACCCCAGCCAACUCGUGGAAUUGCCCUCAGACCUGCCUCUCGGACCUGUCCCCUCAUAUUCCAUCGUCACCCAGCUCAUACCCCGCUCUCGCCGGAAGGGCUCAAGCCAAGCGCCCACCGCUUUGCAGACACGGCGGAAGUGGAACAAGAUGCGUGGCGAAGGGUUCAGUGGCGAAGAGGACGACAACGAAUCCACACCAUUUCACUCAUUGCAUCUUGUAGACGCCACAGAUGCCCUCGAUUUCGCCGACUACAUCGUCCGUCGCAAGCCGCCAGAGCCGGUCCCUCAACUUUCCCGCCCGCCGUGCGUCAUUAUCCCACCCAUCCCGAGCGAGUACCACCUGUUAGCUCGGGCUUCGGCGCAUUCCAUGACAAAUUCAGGGAGCUAGAGAAGGCGGGCCUCAUCGACGGUACAGGAGAGUGGCCGGACGAGAGCGACAACGGUUCUCCGAUACCCACAUAACUUCCCCCGCAAUAAGGACACCUCGUCACAUCAUUCCUGUUCGUCGCUUUCGCUCUGCUGUCGAUUACAAUCACCGCCAUCGUAGCCUACGUUUCAUUAACUGUACCGGCUAGACUAAGCUACCUAUAUUCCUCGUGUUCGACUACAGGACCGUGAUGGACAGAACGCGACGUCGCAACUACACCCGCAUCUCAAAAGCUCGACAGACUCAGCAUCAGAGCGGCU